UAAUUAAUCUCAUCAGAAAACAAGAAGAGUUAUAUUAUAUUAGCAAAGUGUAAAAUGGCAGGAGAAGGUUCAUCGAAGAAGGAAAUCGUUAAUCCAAAGGCUAUCAUACACCAAAGAUUCGGGGAUAAGGCACGUUACAAUAUAGAAGAAGUUCAAGAUAAUUCAUCAAAUGGAUGUCCUGGACUGGCUAUUCCGCAAAAAGGUCCGUGUUUAUACCGUUGCAACUUGGAACUUCCUGAAUUUAGUAUUGUGUCGGAUGUUUUCAAGAGAAAGAAAGAUGCAAUGCAAUUUGCUGCAGAAAAAGCCCUAGAGAAGAUCUAUUCCAUAUGUCAUCCACUGAGUGGUCACAUUCGAGCAGCUUUACAUAUAGCGGGCUCCCUCAACGGUUUCAUCCCCAUUUCAGUGAUGCCCAUUUUCGAUUCAAAGAUAUCUUAUCUGUAUAAGAGCAUAAAACCUGAAACUGCUCAAAACCAUUGAGUAAUGUCGAUAAUCAGGGAUGCUGCCACGAGGUUAUCUGAACCUGUACUCAUUUCUAAUGAGUUUAUGUCGUUGAAAAGAACAAGUCCAUACCCUCCUGAAGUCUUGGAAUCUAUAGAAGUUGACUUUGAUCAAAAAACUUAUGUUAAAGUUCUUCGCAUGCCGUAUUUCGUUGAAAAGGUUGUUGAGCCUUUGACUCUAGAUGUUUCCGCAAACACGUAUUACAUGGAUGCCAUUGCUAGAGAACUUGGAGCUGCAGAUGCUUCUAUGGUUUCGCUCUCCAGGUAUGCCAAACAACUAUUAUAUGCAUAUUAUUUCAGUAUGCUAAAUAUAUUUCAUUCCAAAACAAGGUUGUAUUCUCAUGCUCCGAAUUCAUACAAGUGGGAUAAAGAAAAUUUUAAAGAUGGGUCGUAUUUAAAUGCGAGGGCAAGUUAUUUAUCUGGUCAGGAUGUAUACGGGGAUGCAAUUUUGGCUACUAUUGGAUACUUGUGGAAGUCUUGUGAUCUUUUCCUUGAAGAUGUAUCUCCCCGCACAUAUUAUAGGUUACUUAUGAAUAAGUUACCCACUGGUAUAUAUAAGUUAUCACGUGAAGCAGUACUUGCAGCUGAAUUGCCUCCAAAAUUCAGGACCCGGAGUAAUUGGAGGGGUUUAUUUCCAAGGGAUAUUCUCUGUACGUUCUGCCGUCAACACCGAUUGCCAGAACCGGUUUUCUCUUUGAUUGUUACUAAGGGUGUAAGGGGUGCUCACCUAAUAGUUGAAGUAGUUGUGGCCCAGAUGGGUGUGGGUCAAUCGGCCUGCUUUAAAGCGAUGUUGCCUUCUCUAGAGUUGAUUUUUGCGGCCAAUGGUGAUCCUGCACGGGUUUCGUCUUUACUCUCAUCACGCGGGUGCAGCCUGGAAUAUUCUACAACUUUGCUGCGGGUUACCGAACCGUUGGAAGAUAGAACGGAAAAAGCUCUGUUUAGCCCUUUAUCAAAACAACGUGUUAAUUACGUAGUGCAACACAUUAAAGAAUCCAGUGCAACUGUUUUGGUUGACUUCGGUUGUAGCUCUGGAAGCUUAUUGGACUCGUUAUUGGAUUAUCCAACUUCACUUGAAAGAAUUAUUGGUGUUGACAUGUCAGUAAAAGCUUACUGGCUCGCGCAGCAAAGGUGAUACACACACACAUAUAUAGAGGCCGGUUAACUUACAAGAUCACUUUAUCAUGCGAAGCGUACGUGAGCAUCUCAACCGCACAUCUUACCUAUCCUAGGCCUUCAAUUGAACGCGGUUGCACAAUAGUAAUUACCAUGACAUAAUUACGCACGGGUUGGGUUAAACCCUAAUUACGCAUGGGUUGGGUUAAACCCUAAUUACGCACGUUAUUUGCAUAAUUACGCACAUUAUUACAUAAUUACGCACGUUAUAAAAAAAAUCAAAACCCACAUGCCACCAAACAUGAA